AUGCCUAAUGUAAACUUUAUCCAAAAGAGAAGAAGAGAAGACGACGAUGAAGUUGAUGUAGGACGACGCGUACGCGCCAGAAGAAUGACUGUUGUCGCGUUUGACGAGAGUAGAGGAAGUAGAAGAAGAAGAGAGGAUGAUGAUAAUGGCGAUGAGGAGAGAAAUCUUUCUCGUCGUCGUUUGAAUCCUGAGGAAGGAGAGCGAGAAGAAGAAGAAGAAGAAGAGGAAGAUGAUGAAGAAGAUGAUGAAGAUGAUGAAGAGGAAGAAGAAGGAUCAGAGGAAGGAUACGAAGCAGAUGAUGAAGAAGAUGAAGAAGUAGUAUCCUCCUCUGAUCAAGCUGGAAUAGUAGAGGAUGCAGUAGUACCCUCUGUGGCCUGCUGGCGAGAGGAAUCUGAUGAAGAUCAGAUGGUUCCUGAAUAA